AUGAGCAGUGUUCCCGAGAAUGCUCCCCAGCAUUGCCCUGGUACUGGCAGUGAAAAUGCUGGAAAAGCAUCCGCAUGUGCCGGCUGCCCGAACCAGAAUAUCUGUGCUUCUGGCACACCCAACAUGCCUGACCCUGCUAUAGAAAUCAUUAAGAAUAGGUUGUCGAAUGUAAAACAUAAGAUAUUAAUUUUAUCGGGCAAAGGAGGUGUUGGCAAAAGUACAGUCACAUCAUUAUUGGGGCAUGCAUUAGCUGCUCGGAACCCUGAUAUAAAUGUGGGUAUCCUAGACGCGGACAUCUGCGGGCCAAGUCAGCCGCGCGUGCUGGGAGUGCACGGGGAACAAGUGCACAACUCAGGGUCGGGAUGGUCGCCAGUGUACAUAAAGGACAACCUUUCCCUGAUGUCCAUCGGAUUCUUGCUCGGAAGUCCCGACGAUGCUGUCAUAUGGAGGGGUCCUAAGAAAAACGGAAUGAUCAAGCAGUUCUUGAGCGAAGUGGACUGGGGCGAGUUGGACUACCUGUUGAUCGACACGCCGCCCGGUCAGUCACACUCUGUAUUAACUAUGUCGCAGCUGAACGGUCGAUAUAACAAGUUCGUACAUUUUAUUUACCUCCUGUACCGUCCCUGGCUGCAGGCACUUCGGACGAACACCUGUCGUGCGUGCAGUACCUGCGCGGGGGCGGGGGCGGGGGCGCGCGAGGGGGCGGGGGCGGGGGGGGGCGGGGGCGCGCGCGCGCUGCUCGUCACCACGCCGCAGGAGGCCGCGCUGCUCGACGUGCGCAAGGAGAUCGCGUUCUGCCGCAAAGUGGACCUGCCCAUCCUCGGGGUCGUCGAGAACAUGACGCUCUUCGUCUGCCCCAAUUGCAAGACUCGCAGCGAGAUAUUCCCGGCGUCGACGGGCGGCGCGGGCCAGAUGUGCGUCGAGUUGGCGGCGCCGCUGCUGGGCCGCCUGCCGCUGGACCCCACGCUGGCGCGCUGCUGCGACAACGGACUCGACCUGUUCGAGGAGCUGCCCGACAACCCCACAGUGCUGGCGGCCCGACAGAUCGUCGACGAGAUCGUGGCAUCCUGUGAAGAAAAUUCAAGUUGA